AUGCAGCGGCGUGAGAUGAUACGUCAGCAAACCGAUUACGAGGAGCGGGAGCAGGAGCAUGCGGCGCGGGUUCUGCGGAUUCUCAGCAGUCUACGGGAGCCCGCGACGAGCUCCGGCUCCGCGCUGGGGCGGACGUCCUCCGCAGCCUCCAUCGCCUCCGCAGCCUCUUCCUCGACGACGGCGCAGGGAUUGGAGCUGGCGGGAAACCGGCACCGGUCGCGCUCAGGGGACGUCAACAACCUCCUGACGGUGCCAAUGCCUGGGGCCGAAAAUUUGGAAGCGACGAACGCCCGCGUGUCAGAGCAACGCUGUGAAAGCGUCUUGUCCCCCCCCUCCGCCGUCAUACGCGACAAGUAA